AUGUCGUCCUCACAGUCUUCACACGCUCGCCAAGACUUCAUCGCGAGGAUCAGAUAUUCCAAUGCUCUUCCGCCGCCGCCAAAUCCUCCCAAGCUCCUCGACAUUCCAAACACUGGCCUCGCGAGCGGGCAGUACACGACACCAGGCUUCGCUUCUCGCCUGGCGCGAGAGCAGCCGCUGAACAUUGAGGCAGAUGCAGAGCUUGGGAUGCCUUUGGACCUGGUGGGCAUGCCAGGUGUCUUCGACGGCGAUGAGAGCUCGAUCCAAGCACCGCCGCAGCCCCCGCAAGUCCACCCCCACGACCGAGCCUUGUUGCGACCGCUGGCCACCCUCGGCAAGCCCAAGGUCGCCGGUGCUGCUGUCUCUUUCCUCCGUCGUACCGAGUACAUUUCCAAUGCAAACACCACAACGAAAUCCAGCCCAUUCCGUCAAGCUCCAAAGAGCGCCACCCAGCGGCCACUCAAGCGGAAAUCUCCGGAGCCCGACAUCGGAACACCGGCCUACGUAAAGCGCAAGAUUGAGAAGGGCUUUGAGGCAGCGCAGGAGAACCUGAAGGACAAGAGCCGGAUACGACACCCGACCAAGCCUCCGGUGAACAAGUUCAGGAACCUCAGGGUGGUCGAGGCCUACCCUGUCCUGCCCGACCUCGACGCGUUCCCGGACUCUGGCGCCUAUGUCACAUACAAGUUUGCGCAUCCCCCCAUACCCAAGGAUGGGACUUAUGACAGGCGCCUCCUCAACAGUAUAUUGAAAUACAACCGGUCGCCAGAGGAGGAAGAGGCCUACAACGCAGCGGUAGAGGCGCACAAUCGCGACCCGGAGAACUUUCCCAAACCGCCAAACCAGCAGCCGUACAACUUCUACCUUGCCGACAAGGUUAAGCACGUCGACAUGUUCCGCAAGAGAUUCGAUUUGCGCAACCCCGACCGCGACGACGAGAGCCUGAAUCCGGAGACCAAGGCUGACAGCGGUAAACCGGCAUUCGAAUACAACUACGCACGCACAUACAACGCUGUCGUGGAGAGCGAGCUGGAUCACGACACCAAGUACAGCGAGGAGUUGGUGUUCGGCAUUGACCCAGUCACGAAGGUGGCGUGGUACUACCCAUCCAUGCAGCGUAUGAAGCUGGAGCCUCCGCGAAGAAUUCACAACCAGUUCAAGCGCGAGAAGAACGAGGUUGAUGAGAUUGAUGUUGUCCCCGAGGACCCUUCAGACGAGUGGCGUCUCCGCAUGGACAUGUGCAAGGCUAACCCCCUUGUCGGACCGGACCCGCCACAAGAGGACGAAGGUGAUCAUGACGUUGAGGCGGACGAGGCCGUGUCGCACGAUGGAGACGGCGGUCGACGAGAUGACAGCGAGGAACCUGCGGCCGCAAACGGGCGGGACUACAGCGAGGAGCCUAGGAAUGAGAGUGAGCAGGAUGCAGAAGGAGAUGAAGAGGAGUAA